GCGCAUGCGCAGAACCAAAAUUCCCGACGUUGGCGGCCUACGAAAAAGGUCCUUCGGUGUGCUUCGACAAUUUAUAGUCGGUUUAGUGCAACAUGGCGCGGUAUUUGAGGCCACCAAACACUUCUCUUUUCAUCAGGAAUAUUUCUGAUGAAAGCAGAAAAUGUAAAGACAUACAGUUCUGGAGACCGUCCCUCCAAAGAGUAUUUAAGAGUAAAGGCCGAAGUAGAGUAGAUUGAAGCCAAAGAGCCCGUAAGGAUUCAGGCGCCAAGCGAUAGAGGGGAGAGAAAGAGAAAAGUUAAAGCUCGAAGAUUCAAAGAGGAGAAAAAGAGGGCACCUGUUCCAAACAGAGAGAGGAAAAGAGCAAAAGAUAAUGGGGCAAAGACAAGCAGGAAACCUCCCAAGGCCUUCUGGGAAGCGCUUAAAGAGAAUAAAGGUCAAGCUCAAGGUCAAGCAUGUUAAAGGUAACGAGUAUUAACUUUUGUAUCCUACCUUUGCUGUAGUCUGUGCAUUGUCCCUUUUUCCCCCCAAGUCAGUUUUCUGAUCUUACCUGUGUCAUGAGUUCUUCAGAAUUGAUCCAUGUUAAUUUCGUAAUUCUGCUUGCCAAACAAUUUCAUCAAUGAAGACCAAUUUAUGAACGCUUAAAAAUGAAAUUGCAGUUUGAUUCAGUAAUUACCCCUCCCCUGUUCAUUAUUAUUUCUCCAUAUUGAGCUCAUUUUGCUUUCUCUAUUAUAUUAACGAUGUUACGUUUUACUGCUAAAAUGAACAUGGUGUCCGCUGAGAUCCUGUCUAGUGAGCGUGAGUGUGUCCAUGUGAUUAGCCUGUGUGUCAGUGUGUUUAAAAUGGAAAGCCUUAACAGCAAUAGCACGUUCGAGGAUGUCCGCGACGCCGAAGAUGCUCUUCACAAUCUGGACCGGAAAUGGGUCUGUGGACGGCAGAUUGAGAUCCAGUUCGCCCAAGGAGACAGGAAAACCCCGAGUCAGAUGAGGUCCAAAGAAAGGCGUUCUCCUCGCAGCUUCUCCAGAUACGACGAUUAUGAGCGCGAUGGCCGUUACCGGCGCUCUCGGAGUCGCAGCUAUGACAGACGGCGCUCUCGCAGCCCAUCAUACGAGCGCAGACCUCGCCGCUCCGAUAGUCCCAGAGACUCCCGCUCUUAUGGCAGACACAGACGAAGCAGAAGCCGUGACAAUGACAGGUCAAGGCACGGACGAGAUCACGGUCGAGGGCACCGCGGCGCUCCCUCUCGCAGCCGCUCGGGUUCGCGCUCCCCCUCCCCUGACGCCAGGAUCAAGAUGAAAAGCAGGAAGUCCCGUUCCGGGUCACGCUCACCCCGUCCAGCUGCAGGAGAGGACGCACCACAGUCCAGCGGUGCACGAGAGGACGAGGACACCCGCGCCAGAUCAGCUUCUCGCUCCUGCUCUCGCUCAGUCUCACGCUCCCGUUCGCGCUCUCGCUCCAGAUCCUGGGCCGGACGCAAAUCCGGAGGCCAUUAGGACUCUCAGUGUGAGGACCAGAGUUGUUUAAUACUUGUAACUCAUGCAGCUCUCUGGCAAACUGUAAAACCGAUCAUGUAAAGGCCAUUUUGUUUUGGUUAGUUUACGUUUUUGCAGGUUUGCUUGGGAAAAUGUGAUUCUUGUCUCCUGUUCAGAAGUAGGUUUCAGGAUCAGUGGAUGUUUGUUUGAUAAACACAGACCUGCAUUAUUAUUACUGAUUAUUAUUCAGAUGUGAUUCAGUGUUUUUUAUAGCUCAUGGUUUUGUCCCUCAGUUUGUUCAGUUUGGUGAUUUUGCUAAACAAAGGCUGGUGUUUAACUCAUCACCAAGAAGUGUAUAGUCUCAGCACAUGCCUUUGAUCAAAAAUACAGGUUUAUAUUGAAUUUAUUCUUGUAUUUUGUUUAGGCGUAUAGUUAGAAAAGGAAGCAUUGUAGAGAGUGCAGUAUUUCAGUGUUUAUUUUCUGUAUCUGAUCCGAAUGUUUUUGGUUUGUACAAAUCUAUUUUAAUCUUGCGUAGCUAACAUGGACAUCCAGCCAUUGUCCCCUCAGAUAUCUCUUAGUCGUCUUGUAGAAUCUCAGUUGUCUUCCAGGAGAGGAAACAUUGAGCUUUUUCCCCCCCCUUUUUUAAAAAAGUUGUUUGAUAAAUGUAUUCUUUGAUUUUGUUAUCCUGUCAUGUUGCUGAACCUACGGCAAUGUUUUACUCUUUUCAUGCUGGAGAUGGAUCAGAGGGGAGAUAGAGAGCUCCUGUGUGUGAAUAAAAAUGUACACUUUGUUGUUUAAAA